AUUCUCUCAAGUAUUGUCCGGUCGCCGUAAACAUUCCUAUAAGUAUUUUCCGGCGGCGGCGACACCAUGGCGGAAGUGAUCGACCCCCGUGUGGUGGUGGCGGAGCAGACGCCUAUCGACGGUGCUCCGAUUACCAACUUGCUUGGUACUGUCGCCGGCGACGCCUUAAUUAUGGCGGUUACCGACCGCCAUGUGGUGUUGCCGGAAAAGCCGCCGGCCACCGCCGCUGCAACUAUCAACGGCGUCGAAAAUGGCGACGGCGGCGCGUUGGAAGAGAGUGUAUACUUUGACGAGAAUGAAGCAGGUAAUAAAAACAAAAGCAUCAUAGAGGGCAACGUGUAUGUCCCCGAACUGAUAACUUCUGUCCUCAACGAUCAAAACCUCGGAGAUCUCAAAGACAAAAUCCUCUCAGGCCUCAAUGCUUCCACAUCAAAAUCGCCACAAAAAGAGAUCGUGACCAUCGAAAAUGCAGGCAAAGAAAGCGAUGAUGACGACGACGAAGAAGAAGUCGUCGAGCUCGAAUUCGAGAGGGCCGUCGACAAGCUCCACUCACACACUCCCUACUGUCCUAACUGCAGCCACCAGAUUACUAAGGUUGUCCUACGCCGAAAAAAGCCCCGAGGCAAGGCGCGCAAGGAUCCCGUCGACUUGCUCGGAUGCCUCUCAUGCUUCAGCAUUUUCAUCCCAUCGGGGGACUGUCUGAAUCCUUUCCGUAUCUUCGGAGGAAAUGGGAAAGAACCGAGUGUUACGACCCCCGAAAGAAAGCCGGAACGCGGCGUGAAGGGUGCGGAAACUAGUUGCAAUAUUUUCGGAUGGUUUAGAGCUAUCCAGAGGAAUCGGGAACCUUCCGCGCCGUCUCAUAUCACUGACAGGAGUCCUCCAACUGAGCCAGGUGCAACAUCAAUCGGCGCCGGUCUUCUCCCUAGCGCCGGUGAGGGGAAAUUAAGCGGCGCGACGAGUGAACCGGUCGAAUCUGCGCCAAGUGGAGACGUCACGAUCGAUUUUCCGGAUGAAACAGGGAGCAUCGAUGUUGCCGAACACUCGACAUCGGUGGAGAUUGUGAAAUGCAUCGUCUACGGAGGUCUAAUGGAGCUUAUCGCGAGCUUGAGCGUCGUUUCAUCUGCCGCGGCUGCAGACGCCACUACGCUGAACAUAAUCUGCAUCGGCUUGGCGACGAUGUUCAGCAGCCUCAUCGCAUUUGGAAACAACCUUCUCGACUUAAAAAAAGACAUCCCUCGAGAGAGCUCGGAGCAACAAGUAGACCAAUACGAAGAACAACUCGGAAAAAGGGACAAUUUUCUACUCCAUUCAUCGCUCGCGACGCUAUCAUUUUUAAUUUUCGGGCUUAUACCUCCGAUAGUUUACGGAUUCGCCUUUAAAGAGACCAACAACAAGGACUACACGAUGCUCGUGGUCGCCAUAGUUUCGUUUGUGUGUAUUCUCGUUCUUGCUGCAGCAAAAGCUUAUGUGCAACGGGCGCAGACAAUGAGCGACUACGUCAAAACCAUAAUGUACUACGCAACUUUGUCGAUUGGGGCCUCGGGUGUUGCGUAUGCCGCAGGGGAUUUGAUUGAAAUGUUGAUCGAUCGGUUUGGGUGGUUCGCGCCUUCGACUACGCCGGCUGGCUUGCUCGGACCGGGUAUGGUUUCGGGUACUAGGGCUUGGGGCUCUUACUAAACUAGCAUGGUUUGUAUAUCUACUUAUGUUUGUAAUGUUUUUGAUGUUUUGUUGUUUGAGUGAGUUGAGUUAUUUAUGUUGUUCGACGUAUAUGUGUCGAAAAAUUCGUACUCGUCAAAUCGAGCACGAUUUUUCGAAUGAAUGUGAUUUGUUAUUGAUAAAAAUCGACUUUUAGGCCAUCGGUGUUUUGUAAGCUAGUAAAAAAACUAAUAAUAUAAGUUCUCCUGUGUCUCAACAAAAAGCCUGACUUUGUAUAAAAGAAAUAGUAUAAAUAAAAAGAAAGAAAAAUUGUCUUUUA